UACAUACUUCAUCAAUUUUUCACAAAAUACGUCAACGUUCAAAAUUUAAGUAAGACAAAAAAUUUUUUACCAUCUUAUUUGAGAAGGAAAAAUUCUGUAAGUUAUUGUCGGUAUGGCUUUAAAUAAACAAAGAAUUUUAAAUGAAUUAGGAAGUGUUGUGAACCAGCUGGAAAGUGCGGAAUGUGGCUGCAUGGGAAAAUUGUUCUCUAGCCAGGGUCAGGGAUCUGCAAUGGGAUGUGGAGGUUGCCAAUCGGGAGGAUGCUGUCACGGACAUGGCUCACCUUACGCGGGUGAGCCGUAUUCUGCGGGGAAUAAUCAGUUCAAUAUAAAUAGACACUGCAUGGGUCAUUGCAAUCCAUCAAAACUCUACGGAGAUACAUGCAAUUAUUUAAACAAAAACUUGAUGCAACCUGUCGUUGACGAAGUAUACAAUGAGUUGAAAUCUAUUUCUCCAGCAAAUACUAUUAUGAAUAAUCCUAUGGCUAAUAAGUUGGGACUUUCUCCAGCGUAUCUAGAAGGAAUGGAUAAUAUGGGUGCUAUGUCUGCUGUAAAUCCAAACCAGGCUGGUGACAUGAAUGGAAUGUCUCCUGGUUAUAAUAUUGCUAUGGGUAAUAUGGGUCACAUGAACUCUGUACGACAACAAUCAACGGGUCAUAUGGAGCAACCUAUGGGACAAAUGAGCCAACCAGCUCAUAAGAUGGGUGGAAUGGGGCCGCAAAUUGUAAAUAUGAUGAUGGGUUCUAAAUCUCCAAAACCGUCUAAUAUGCCAGCGCAAAACAAUCCACAUAACGAUUCUAUGAUAAUAAACGAUCCUCAAUCACCCCACGGUCAAGUAGGCAUAACACAUUUGACUUCAGGAUCUUAUGAUGCAAGUGGAACUGUGCCAAGUGCCAAUUACACACAGGAUAGUACUGGGGCAUAUACGCAGAAUCCCUCUACUCAAUAUGUGGCACAACCGAAUGCCUAUGCUGGAAGUAGGCUGAAUAAUAUGCCCCAAAACUCUCAAUAUAAUAAUGGUAUGCCUCAGAAUAUGCAGAGAGCACAACCCAUGACAACAAGUAACGCGUACGGUCAACACUCUCAAGGUAUAAAAAAAUUUAGUGAAAUGUUCCCCGGGAUUAUGUCGGGUGACUUGGGUUUUGAUCCUAUGGCAAUAGCAGUUCAGAUGAAUCCUGCCAACCAACAAAAAGCCGCUAUGGACUCAAUGCAACAAUUGAUGAACGGCAACAAACUUAUAGACCCAAAUAGCGGUGUAAUGAAGAAUGUUACAAAUACUGCUAAUCAAGGUGCUAUAAUGUCUCAAGGUAAUCAGCAAGGUAUACCAGUUCAACAAAAUCAGCCCAUGCAAUAUCAACAAUCUAUGCAACAACAGCCUAUGCAACAACAACAACCGAUGCAACAACAACCGAUGCAACAACAACAACCGAUGCAACAACAACCGAUGCAACAACAACCGAUGCAACAACAACCGAUGCAACAACAACCGAUGCAACAACAACCGAUGCAACAACAACCGAUGCAACAACAACCGAUGCAACAACAACUGAUGCAACAACAACCGAUGCAACAACAACUGAUGCAACAACAACCGAUGCAACAACAACCGAUGCAAAAACAACCGAUGCAACAACAACCGAUGAAACAACAACCGAUGCAACAACAGCCUAUUCAACAACAAAUGCAGCCCGUACUCCAACAGCAGCUUGGUCUGCAACAAUAUGUUACUGGUCCUAAUAAGGCAGCACCUAUUCAUCAAGCACCAAACCAAUUGUACACUGCUGGUACUGGUUCUGCAAUGCAAUACCAACAGUUACCUAGCAAUGUGAAUUACCAGCAGCAGCCACAACAAUAUCAAACUCAACAACUGGUACAGCAAAUAAUAGAUCCCAAUACGGGAGCUAUUACAAAUCCUCCAAUUCUGCCUGGAGAAUCACUUGCUGAUAAAAGAAUGAUCAUGGAUCCUAUAUUUCCAGCUGAUACUUCAAAGAAUCAAGCACUUACAUUUUCUCAUCACAUUAAGCAUCCAAGAAAUUAUUAUUAUAAUACUCUUGGACAACCUGUGCACAUGCUCGACGCCAAGGUGUAUCAUCCUCAAGAACCUCAAUUACCGCAAACUCUUUCUCCUCAAUCGAUGCCGGUCAAACAUAGGAACAAUCCUCAGAUGUAUAGUAACGUAAAGAAUACUGUAAGUAAAACUUCAAUAAUGGGACAAGGCAAAUUGGGUAAAGCACCAAGCAAAAAUCAAUUACAACAUUUAUACAAUCAAUAUAAAGGUUCCCAGUCAUUUACUCAGCAGAACAUCAAUGCUCCGAUACAACAUCAUACUUAUUCUGAAGGCAGGAUAAAUGAAAGCUUAAAUGUUUCGCCUGCCAACCGCCUUGUGCCAGUAGAGAAAGUUGGAGGAGACACAAUAGCAAAUGUCAAUAUGCAUAAUCCAGUGAUGAACAAGAUGGAACACUUUGCAGCUCCCAUGGGCGAUGUCGCGGCUGUUAAUAAGCCUGAGGGUGAUGGUGCCGUCCAGAAGGCACCUCCACUUAGAAAAGGCAGGAAUGGUCUGCAAGACAUGGUUUAUACUUCGGGCCCUACUUCUGCCGCUUGGACUUUCCAUGGCCACAGUCAUAUGCCAUAUUCAACUGCGUAUAGAUUUAGAUCAAAAGUUCGUUGAUUGAAGAUUGCUACAAACCUAUAUGUUUCUAAUUUUUGUUUGUUGGUGUCAUGUUAGUCGAUCAUAUGAAAUUGUAAGAUUUUGGUGUAAUGUGAUUUGUUAGAAAGACGUAAAAAGUCAAAAAGAUUUAAAUAAAGUGAUAAUGCCUGAAAAUGA